AUGACAACUUCAGGCGGUGGAACUCAUCCACCUAAUAAGACUUCCAUGACAUCUAUGGCAACUUCAGGCAAUAUUCAAACACCGAUAGUGCCUAGGGAAAACACUGACGGUAAAACUACAGCCUCACCUGGACAGAUACCAUUACCUAGUGGAACUCAUCCACCAAAUCUGACUUCUCAUCCUAAGGAAAAUCCAUAUUCAGAAUCAAUAGGAACCCAUCCACCUUCUAUAACAGCUGUUUCCGAAGAAACAACACACAAAAGAUAA